AUGGUAAUCUUUAAGGUACCAAUCAGCCAUGAGACUUUGGGCACAGCAACGCCUUGCAACGAUGGGCUGCUAGCUGGAGGAUUUGCAUGUCAAGGAUUGGUAUCUCUUACAAGGACAUUCAUCUCCGAGGCCAUGCAUCAGGGAUCCAUGUAUGCAUAG